ACGGGUGCGACGUCGACAAAGGCGCAGUGCCGGCAGGUGGCCCGGCUCACCGAGCUCGCCAGUCUGGCCGCGAACCAGACGAGGCUAGACGAGGUGUCCAAGGGCAACGCAACGCGGGCCGACGCGCUCAAGGCUAAGGCGACCGAUGGGGCGGCGCAGCUGGCGACGCUGCAGGCGAACAGCACGCUGAUGGCCGUGUGCGACCAGGUCUUCGCAGCCGAGGCCAUGGAGGACGCGUGCGGGCAGCUCCAGCGCAUGGAGAAGCUCGCGGCUGUCACGGCCAACGCGACGGCGCUCGACCUGCGGACCGACGGCAACGCCACCAAGGCCAACGCGCUCAAGGCCAAGGUGACGGCCGACGCGGACCAGCUCGCCGCGCUGCAGGGCAACGCAACUCUGACGGCCUUUUGCGCUGGCCUCGACACGCAAGACGCGUGCCGCAACCUGGCGCGCCUUCAGAAGGAAGUCAGCCUCGCUGCCAACACCACGGCGCUCGACACCAAGUUCAACGGUAAUGCUACGAAAGUCGCAGACUUCCAGGCCAAGACCGAAAAGGCACAGGCCAAGCUCGCCGCGCUGCAGGCAAACACUACUCUUACCGACGCCUGUGCUUCCAUCGCAUCUACCAAGGACGCUUCCGGGUCAGUAGACACGGCCACCAACGGGUCCUCGACAUCCAGCAGCGGCGCCACCGUGGGCACCAGCGGUGCGGGGAGCCUCCAGAUCUCUCUCGGGUCCCUGUUGGGAGUGGCCGCCCUCUUUGUUGGCGCCAUAGCCCUUUGA